UCGUCUCCCAACCCCCGCCCCUUUCUCCUUCCUUGAUCUCUGCUUUCUGAGCUCGCUCUCUCUCCUUCUCUCUCUCCAAUGGCGGAUCCCCAGCGCAUCCACCCCGUGCCCGACCCCGAGGCCCCCCAGACCCCGACCGCUCCCCUCGUCCCCCGCGGCUCCUCCAAGUCCGACCAGGCCCACGCCGCCCCUCAGGACAAUGUCUACUACCCGCCCAUGCACCGGACAAUCCCCGUGGUCCACUCCAGGCCCCCGAAGCGCCGCCGGAGCUGCCUCUGCAGGUGCCUCUGCUGGACCUUCUCUGUCGUCGCCAUCCUCAUCAUCCUCAUCGCCGCCACUGCAGGUAUCCUCUACCUCGCCUUCAGGCCGAAGCUGCCCAAGUACUCCAUCGACGCCCUCCAGACCACGCAGUUCGACCUCAGCAACAACGGCAGCCUCGAAGCGACCUUCGACGUGACCAUCACGGCGAAGAACCCGAACAAGAAGAUCGGCAUAUACUACGAGGGUGGGAGCCGAAUCACCGUGCUGUACGACGGGGAGCAGCUGUGCGAGGGCGCGCUUCCCAAGUUCUACCAGGGCCACCGGAACACCACGGAGCUGGUGGUGCCGCUGUCCGGGCAGAGGCAGAACGGGACGGGGCUGCUGUCCCAGCUGCAGGCGGAGAAGCAGGCUACCGGAGUGAUCCCGCUGAACCUGAGGGUGAGGCAGCCGGUGAGGGUGAAGCUCGGGAAGCUGAAGCUGUUCAAGGUCAAGUUCUCGGUCCGGUGCUGGUUGGAGGUGGACACCUUGUCCGCGGGCAACAGUAUUCAGAUCAAGAGCAGUAGCUGCAAGUUCAGGCUUCGGCUAUAAAUCUUUUCGCCUCCGCUUUUUCCAUUCUUUUCUUGAUUUCCUCUUCUCCAUUUUGAGCUUAUGAUUAUUUCCUUUGUCUUAAAUAAGGGGGGGUCGUUUUUAUUUCCUGAUUGCUCCUCCGGAUGGUAUAGGUACAUAACCGUAUACACACACAGACCGAUUGAUUAUACAGUAUUAUUUAUACA